UGGAAAGGGAGGGACUAGAAAGACUUGGCUGAGGAGGCGGAGCCAGGCCUGAGGAGAAAGAGAAGGGGGAGAGAGAGAGAGGACGCUGGGAGGCUGUCGCGGGGGAUUGUGGGAUCGCGGCGGUGAGGGCAAAAAAAAGAGCGAGAGAAGAAAAGUGAAGCGCGGCCGAGGGAGCGCGAGAGACUCCCCGCCUUCCUCCCUCCCUCCCCGGGCGAAGAAGGGAGCCGGCGGCACGAGGGGCUGGAGCCCGCAAGCCAUGUUCUGGAAGUUUGACCUCCACACGACCUCUCAUAUUGACACCCUCUUGGAGCGGGGCAACGUGACCCUUUUUGAGCUUCUGGAUGAGGAGGAUGUGCUGCAGGAGUGCAAGGUGGUCAACCGCAAGCUGGUGGACUUCCUGGUGCAGCCCCAACACAUGGAAGCACUGGUCACCUGCGUGACAGAGGAGCCUCCUGGAGAUGUGGAUGAGAGAGUGCGCUACAAGUACCCAAGUGUGUCAUGUGAAAUUCUGACAUCAGACGUCACACAGAUAAAUGAUGCACUGGGUGAGGAUGAGUCUCUCCUGAGGCGCCUGUACAGCUUUCUUCAGACUGGUGGUGUUCUCAACCCACUGCUGGCCAGUUUCUUCAGCAAAGUCAUGGGGAUCCUUAUCAACCGCAAGACUGAUCAGAUAGUUGCCUUCCUGCGCAAGAAAGAUGACUUUGUCAACCUGCUGCUGUGCCACAUCGGUACCUCGGCCAUCAUGGACCUUCUGUUGCGGCUUCUCACCUGUGUGGAGCAGCCACAGCUCAGGCAAGAUGUAUUCAAUUGGCUUAAUGAGGAGAAAAUUGUGCAGAGGCUCAUUGAGAUGAUCCAUCCUUCAAAAGAUGACAAUCAACAUUCCAACGCUUCACAGUCUUUGUGUGACAUCAUCCGGCUGAGCCGUGAACAGAUGAUCCAAAUCCAGGACAGUCCCGAGCCAGACCAGCUUCUGUCCACACUUGAGAAGCAGGAGACGAUUGAGCAGCUGCUAAGCAAUAUGCUGGAUGGAGAACAGAGUGAGUCUGUCAUUGUCAAUGGGAUCCAGGUCUUGCUGACCCUGUUGGAACCACGCAGACCCAGGACGGAGCUGGGUGGCAUGGGAGGCUUUUACUGCAACAUGGAGGGGCAGAUGGAAAUGACUGGGCCCAACUGUGAAGUGGCUUCUAGCCAGGCGAGUCAGGGCACUCUGCUUGCUAUCAAACAGCGUCUCAGGGAGCUUCACCGGCUGCUCCUCGACCCGCCAAAGAAAGAGCCCCUACAGACAACAUGGGGGAUCCUGGACCCUCCAUUAGGAAAUACACGACUGCAUGUGGUGAAGCUGCUGGCCAGCUCACUGGGCACCAACAAUGCAGCUCUGCAGAAUGAGAUUAUAGAGCUCGGUGCCCUUGACACGAUGUUGGACCUUUACUUUAAGUACACGUACAACAACUUCUUACAUGCUCAGGUGGAGGCCUGCCUUAGCAAUGUCUUCAGUUCCCACACUAUAGACGAGACCAUUGAGAACCACUCUGAUUCCCUCCCAGUUAACCCUAUCAUCCAACAUCUGCUUCAGAAGUGUCGCUUAAUCCAAAGAAUCUUGUCUGCCUGGGAAGAAAAUGAACAGUCUCAGGUGGAUGGGGGCAGGCGUAAGGGCUAUAUGGGGCAUCUCACCCGCAUUGCCAAUGCCUUAGCUCAAGGCUCUGAGAAGUGGCCGCACUCUACUGUGGUCAAACAGCUCUUGAAAGAACUACCUGAGGAGGAACAAGAACAGUGGGAGAGGUUUGUCUCUGGGCCCUUGUCAGAAACAAACAAGAAGAAUACUGUGGAUCUUGUUAACAUGCACAACCUCCACUCAUCAAGUGAUGAUGAUGAGAAUGACCUCAAGGAGUUCAACUUCCCUCAGGAGGCUGUUCUGCAGCAGGCCUUUGUGGAUUAUCAGUUACAGCAGAUGACUUCAGCAUUCAUUGACCACUUUGGCUUUAAUGAUGAGGAGUUUGGCGAGCAAGAAGAGAAUGUCAAUGCCCCCUUCGAUAAGACAGCCAACAUCACUUUCUCCUUGAAUGCAGAUGAUGACAGUCCCAACUCCAACCUUUUUGAUAUCUGCUACAAGGAGCGAAUCCAGCAGUUUGAUGAUGAUGAAGAGGCUGAUGGUUCAGAUGGGGAAGACAUCUGGCAAGAGAAAGAGGCUGCUGUCUCAUCUGGCUUGGUCCCGCCCACUGCUGUCAGAAGCCUUGGCAGUACAGAUAGUGAGGACAGUGAAGACUCAGAAGAGGGAGAAGGGGGUGAAGAAGAUCCUGGCGGGGGAGACGGAGGUGCCAUCCAUGUCAGCAACGGCUGUGGUGAACAAACAGAGAUGGAGAGAACGUUAGAAGAUCGCAGCUGGGCAGACGGUUCCUCUGAUCCUUCAUCAGUAUCUGUGGUGUCCUCGCAAUCUGUAGCAGCUGACACAGGAGCAGCAGUGUGGGAUCAGUCCAGAUCAGACACCUCCCAAACCACCAUAGAUGAGAACUGGGCCUCAUUUGCAGAGUCCACAACACAAGAGAGUCCCUCCACAGCACUUACAGGUUCUGCCUCCCCUGCUGUCUCUGCUCAGGAAGUGACGCAAAGCAAUGUAUCGUCAGCAAGAGCUUCUAAUGUUCAACAGGACCCUCCUGCUCCAGACACAGGCCCCUCUGGAGGAAAUGACCCAUCAAAUCCCUCCACUGUGAGGACAGUAGCCAGCACAGUAGAACCUUCUCCAUCUACCUCUGAUUCCACCCAACCACUUCAGGGGAUGACAGAGGCUCUACAACCUGAGCACAGCUCCCCACAGACAGAACAGCAGCAGCAAGCAACGGCCAGAUAAAGCUGCUCAGUGGGUCUCAUCAGUGGGAAAGGACCACGGCUGCUUGCUCAAUCAAGUCCAUUUUGCCAGGGACUGUCCCCAGUCCUUCCGGUGCCUUCAUCCCUGUGGGUAGGUGGGGGGCACGAAGAGAAAGCAGCAAAGGGCAAUGAAAGGCCCAGCCUCUCUCCCUAUCCCACCCCAAGCAGUUACUGAAGAAAUCAGGACCUGAUACCAACAAGCACCUGAGAAACAAAACGGAUGUGUGUACAAGGGCAAAAGCAUCUUCCUCCUUGUGGCAUUUUAGUUAGCGAACCCAAGAAACACACUCCCCUGGGGAUGAGAGGGGCAUUCUCAGUCAGAGUCUUUCUUGCUAUCCCUCUCUCCCUCCUGUGGCACAAUGCCAAUUUCCCUGCAUCCCCCAAACUGCUGCUGCACUGGGAAAACCUGUCUGUUUUGAUGCAAUUAAAAUUGAUGCUUGAAUUGUACCAGAGGUCUUCUGAUGGGAUAUCAGUGAGUGGGGCAGGGACAAAACCCAUCAAGCAACAUAUCCCUCUGUCUCUUUCUUUCAACCGUUGAGUGCCCCACCUGCAAGCACAAAUCUGCCACAUUUUCCCACCCUCCCUUCCCUUGUGUCAUCUCCCUCCCAAAAUUUUCCACAGGGAGGCAGAUGGAAUUAACCAGAAGCAUUGCACAGGGUAAGAAAGAUGGGGCUUUGCUUCAUAUGUUCAUAGUGCGUUUCAGUGAGGACUUCUACCUCAAGCUGCAAGGGUUAGGAGAAAAGCAGAGGAUUUGAGGAUUGUGUGAUAGGUGCAGGCUCAUGUGAAAUUCCCUUCCUCAGAUUUCUGUGCACACACUCGGUCCCCCUGACUCUAUGAAGCUGAUCUCUAAGAGAGCAAUGGAGGCUGGGAGAGCAAAACAGAGCAAGCCUUCCUAGGGUGCCGCAUGGAAAUGUUUUCUUUUCCCCACCCCGGAGCUUCCCCCUCACUUGGUGGAUUUCAGCUAUGAGCUUGGAAAGAUUACUUCAUUAGAAUAUACCUCCCUCAAUCCAUCAUCCAUGCUGGUUGGUGAAUUAUGGGUAUUGUAGUCCAAAACAGUAACUUCCUAAGAUGAACAAUCCACUUGGUGAGAUUUUUUUAAGGAGUGAUUUGUAUGUACGCUAGUGUGAAAUAGAAUCACCCUUUCUAAAGUUGUCAUUUUGAUUCUCACUUCCUCCAUCAUUCAUUAACUCAUUCAGAUUUAAACUUAAUUUAAUCCCAUUUUCUUUCCAGUGGCUUCUGCCUGUCUAUCCACACAAACACCCCACAUUGGGUCUUUUUUGGUUAACAGUUAAAGGGCUUGGUAAAUCCACUUUUCCCCACAGAUCUAUACAUCAGUUGCAUUAGGGUAGAAGUGGAGAGAAGCACAAUAGCCCAUCUUCACAUUCUCCCUCCCAACAUUGGCAUUUGUGAAAACCUGUGGGAGGAGGUUAUCCUGCAAAUAACAUAGAUGCUAGUUGAUCUUGGAAAUGGUCCUUAGUCCCAAGCAAUAUAUUGGAAGAGCCCAACAAUUUCUCACAGGGGUAGCUGGGGAGUUCUAUACUUCUGUAUCUCUGCUGCAUCAGUGCAAACUGAAAAUAUUUUUUUUGGUAGCUGGAGUUUUCUUUGGUCACUUACACUGUCCUUGCAGCAGCUUUAUUCAAAAAUGAGUUCUUUACUCUUUAGGGACUUCAGGGACAGGGAGACUUUCCAUCUUCAGGAAACUGUUGGAAAAGGUGGAGGGAUGGCUUGUUCAUGUCAGUAGUAUAUUCCAGAAAUAUAACUUUAGAAUUAUCCCUUUUCUCGUCCCCAUUGAUCCCUGAAUCUGUUAGGAGUGUGGGUAUCUUUUGGGGGGAUUUAAUAGAAACCGGGCUCUCCUGUCUCCUCUAGAGAGUUCUUGCUCCAUGCCCUAAAUACUACGCAAGACCCAAACUGCACUUCUCAUACUUCCAAGGUACAGGAACUAACAGUUUUCCUUCUCUGUUAUAGUUGUUCUAAAGUGAUCCAGUUAUACCCUUUCUUGAAGGCCAAGGAGGUCUCAUUCCAGCCCUCCUGUCACAGAUCCUAUGCUUCUUGUGGGGCUCUUAGAAAUUGAAUUCUCCAUCAAAGGUCCCACAGCCUUUUCCUCUUCUUCUGACCUCACACCCCAAGCUAUUGAUGUGUUUUGGGCUUCUUCUUUUAGUUUUUAAAAACAGCAACAACACAAAAUCACUGCCUGAUCCUUGCCUCUGAAUACAGAAUUGGAACAAGAGUAUUGGAAAGCAUCCCUUGAGAACUCCUUGUGAUUUGGAGAGUAAGGGAUCCCAGUGCCUGUGAACCUUGGUAUGGAGAAGGGCAGAGCAAGAACUAAUUCCAGCACUUGUGAAGUUCGGUCUUUGAACAUCAAAGGUGGUAGGAAAUAAAAUUAUGGUGAGGAAUAUUUCCCUUGUAUAAGCACUAAGCAUCCCUCUCCCUCCAACUUGCCUCUUUAUUUGCAGGUGGUCAGUAGACAGUGUCCUCUCCUGUGUCUCCCACCCACCCCUAAAAUAUAAGUGGCAAUAUUUCUUGAAGCUCUUAAACCACAAAGGACAAAAGUGGCCUUUCGCGUUGUCUGCGUCAUGCCAUGUUGGGUAUUAUUAUUAUUUUCUUUUUCCCUGUGUGUGUGUAUGUGUGUGUUCUGUUUGAAUAAAGAGAUUCUAUGGCCAUUA